CGGUCUGGCUGGAGCUGUCUGGAAUAAUAAUCAUCUGUUAGAAUAUUUAAAAAAAUCGUUAGAGAAAUUGGUUACAUCAUCGGAUUUGGCUUUGGGAAUCAUACCUGUUCUGCGGCUGCGUAAAAAGUGCGCAAUUUCCACUCGGAUUGUUGUGAUUGUGAUUGAGGAUUUCACUUUUGAAUCGCAGGAUCUCUCAAGACUGCCUGCCGGCUUGGAAUCUUACUGCAUUGUGAAAUAUUGAUGUCAACACGUCUUUCCUUUGGAUUACACUGAGAUUUGAGGUGUCAGGUGUGUGUGUGUGAGAGAGAGAAGAACAAACCCGGGAGCAGUAAUGAGAAAUAGGAAGAGAAGGUAGCGGAGCCAUGGAGCGGCGCGCAGGACCUGUAAUAGAUGUGGAAAAGCCAGCAUUGGCCACUAAACCGAAGUAUAUGCCACUACAAAAAUCAGUACCUCAAGCACUUGACCUGGACGCUUCCCAACCUCCAAUGAACUCUGCGCUUGCGUCACAGCCGCGUCCUUCUAAACCCUUUAAACCAGAAUGGAAACCGGUUUCUGUUUUCGCCAGUGAGUAUCGGUCCCAUUUUCAGCAACAAGUGGACAGCACUCAGCACUCGCGUUCCCGAAAUAAUGAUAAAGCUGAGGUUAAUUCAACUCAAGCAUCAGCCACCUCUCCUCACAAUGUACGUGAGUUUUCAGUUGACCAUAUGAAGCCUAUACAAGUUCUACCUGGCCAGAACCAUGGGACUGUGAAAACCCGUCACAAUCUUACAAAUGGCUCUGCAGUUUCUGAAAGGAAAGCAACCAGCACACCUCAUGCUACUCAUGUUUUUUCACCAACUGUAUUGCAACCCAAAACUACAGAGUUUAUUCCAGUCAUGUUCAACAACACACAGCGUAGACACUCUGCAGGUGAAGAACAUGGCCAUUUGUCCUCUGUUCUACUUCCUGAUCAAAGGGCCUCACCAAUAUCUGUCCAGAACAUCCUGAAAAGCAGCCAUGUUGGACGCCCAGAGAAGUCUGACAUUACCUCAAGAGGACAUGUCAAGCCAAAAUAUAAAGCUUUAACUGUGAAAGAGAGUACGCUAGCUUCAGUUUACAAGGAAGGAAAAGCUGUUACUCCUAGAAAACGGAUUACAAAUGAGAAGUCAUCCAAAAGUAGAACAGAAAGUCAGACUGACAAUGUGGACCCGACAGGGGAUUAUCCACGCUGGAAAGUUUUUUCGCCGGAACAGAAAACAGGCCGGGAUGUGCCUGAUAACACCACAUCAGAAAGCACUCCAGGGAAAAAAUCUGGUUCUACUUUGAAGCCUAAAGUCAAGUCUUUGACCCACGUAGACCUGAAGCAGUCAGACGGCCAGAGGAAGUCGUCCUUCAAAAAGCUAAAGGAUUUUGAAUUCUCAAUGAAAAGGUUGCCCAAGCUGUUCUCCAAGGGAGGACAAGGUCCGGAGACGACCCCAAGCAAGGACGAGCAAUCAGUGGACGAGCCCUUGCCUGUCACCAAAAACCAAACCAGAAAUCAGAUUCUAAUACCACAAUACAGGACACACCAGGUCAGCUUCCCCCAAGAUGAAUUUACUGUUGAGUGUAGUGUGGAUGGAGAUGAUUUUGGUAAUGAGUAUCAAUAUGGAGACUUGCAAGAAAACAUAAAUGUUGGCAUCACAAAAAGCCCUGGGGUACUGAUGCAACAAGACCCAACAAUCUGGCAAAGAAAAGCAUCGGAAAAAGAAGAAAGUAUCAACGGAAAAAUGCAAGAUUGCAGAGAGUUUAACACCAAAGUGAAUCAGGACCAUAAUAAGAGCUUCACCACAAACCCAGUCUCUUUUCGCUCGCCUUCCAUAAGAUAUGUACAUGACGAGUUUGUCUACUCCAAUGAUCCGCCUUCAGAGAGGGAAUUUGAAAGCAGCUCAGAAGAAGAAGAUGAUUAUGAUGAUGAUGAUGAUGAUGAACUAGCAACCAAUUCUAACAAAUGGAAGAAUCAGGGCUCCAGGAGAACCAAGCUGUCUUACAUCGCUAAAGAGAUCGUGAGUUCUGAGAAAGUGUUUGUGGAGGUGUUGAAGCUUCUCCAUAUUAAUUUCCGGGAUGCAGUGAUGAAGGCCGCCUUGCAGUCUGGGAAAACUGUGAUCGAUGAGAGGAGCCUCAAUCAGAUUCUGUUUUCAUUGCCACAGCUUUACGAGCUCAACCUGGGUUUACUGAAGGAGCUGGAGGAACGUGUGGCAAAAUGGGAUGAGCACUCUGGCCUAGCAGAUAUCUUUUUAAAAAAGGGGCCUUACUUGAAAAUGUACUCCAGCUACAUCUGUGAGUUUGACAAGAAUGUGGCUCUACUGGAGGAGCAAUGCAGAAAGAGCCCUGCUUUUGCAAAGGUCGUUCAGGAAUUUGAGAGCAGUCCACGUUGUGCCAAUCUCGCCCUGAAACACUAUAUGCUGAAGCCCGUUCAGAGACUUCCCCAGUAUCAGCUUCUUCUCACAGAGUAUUUUGAGAAUCUUGAUGAAGACUCUCCGGACUACAAAGAUGCACAAGCUGCACUCAAUAUAGUAAAGGAAGUGGCGAAUCACGCCAAUGAAACCAUAAAACGAGAGGAUGACUUUCAGAAAGUGAUGCAAGUCCAGUGCAGCCUGACUGGAUACCAUGAGAUCGUGAAGCCGGGGAGGGUUUUGUUGAAAGAAGGUAUCUUGCUGAAAUUAUCUAGAAAAGUUAUGCAGCCUCGGAUGUUCUUCUUAUUCAGUGACGCUCUGAUGUACGCUACACCCCUCCAGCCAGGCCAAUACAAGCUGAACAACGAGCUCUCGUUGUCUGGAAUGAAGGUCAGUAAGCCAGGUCAUGAAGGAUAUCAGAACGAGCUAAACAUCGAAAGUGUCGAACGCUCAUUUAUUCUGUCUGCUAACUCCCCUGCAAGUCGAGACGAGUGGCUUGAGGCGAUCUCCAAUGCUAUUGAAGAUUACACCAAGAAAAUGACCACAUUUCAGCCCUCAAGCAAAGGUCCUGAAGAGGGCGACAGGGACAAUUGGGACAGUGCGGCCCAGCUCGGAACCAAGGCCCCUAUAUGGAUCCCAGACCUGCGGGCCACCAUGUGUAUGAUCUGCACCUGCGAGUUCACGCUGACCUGGAGGAGGCAUCACUGCAGAGCCUGUGGAAGGGUGGUAUGUCAGGCCUGCUCGGUUAAUAAGCAUCCUCUGGAGUAUCUGAAAAAUCGACCGGCUCGUGUGUGUGAUCAGUGCUUCGAGAUUCUGCAGAAUAACAGUUUAGGUAACCAGGCACCUGGGAGUGGCGUUCUUUCUCCGGCUUCCAAAUCGUUUCACUUUAGAAAACAGAAGAAGAUUCCAGCAGCCCUGAAAGAGGUUUCAGCAAACACAGAUGGCUCAUCUAUGAGCGGUUAUCUGGACAGAAUGAAGGCCAAAAAAAAACAAUGGAAGAGGCUCUGGUUUGUUAUCAAGGACAAAGUGCUGUACACUUACGCUGCCAGUGAGGACGUAGCAGCCUUGGAAAGCCUGCCUCUUCUCGGCUUCUCUAUCACAGAAGAUGAUCCAGAAUCAGCUCAGCAGUUUCAGCUUUACCACAAAGACAAGAUCUUCUACAUCUUUAAAAGCGAAGAUCCUAAUAUCUACAGCAGGUGGGUAAAAGCUUUCCGUGAAGCUGUGAUUCUUUAGCCUGCACAGCCAGCACUGCUAAGAUUGACACAGAUUCUUCAGACAAUGUGUGUAUGUGUGUGUAAUAUGUGUAUAUGUAUGAGAGAUGUUGAAGUCAAACAGGACUUUUGAUUGCACAGAAUAAAAGCACACGGUUAUGAGAGUAAAAACUACCUUUAUUUCCCUAUAUAAUCUCCUACGCUAAUGCACUUAUCCCAGCGUUUCAUAAGUGCUUGGAAACCAUCAAGGUAGAAAGUUUUCUCAGUACGUUGGAGCCAGGCUUGGGCUGCCUACUUCAUGCCUGAAAAGCUGCUCUCCCAGGAACUCCUUUAAUGGCACAAACAUGCAAAAAUUACUUGGAGCAAGGUCAGGACUGUACCGGGGAUGUGACAAUAACUACCAGAAUAGUAAUGUGCAUGUGGUCUUCAUGA